GGCUCGGCGGGCGACAUGUCGAUGUACGGCAGCAGCCUGGGCGCAUCACCCGCAGGCUACUACCCCUACGACCCAACCUUCGCAGCUUACGGCUACGGCGCUGGCUACGACCUCGCGUCCCGACGCAAGAACGCAACUCGGGAGUCGACGGCGACGCUGAAGGCUUGGCUCAACGAGCACAAGAAGAAUCCGUACCCCACCAAGGGCGAGAAGAUCAUGCUCGCCAUCAUCACUAAAAUGACACUCACGCAGGUCUCCACUUGGUUUGCCAACGCUCGACGCCGCUUGAAAAAAGAAAAUAAAAUGACGUGGGAACCUCGCAGCAAAACGGAUGAAGAUGACGACGAUGACGACGACAAAGAAGAUUCGUCACUCAUUGAUAAAGAUGACAAAGAUGAUGACGAUAAAAAGGACGAUAAAGACAGUAUAUACGGCGAUAAUGACAAGGAACGGAAAGAUUCAGACAGCGGUGUGUCCAGCAGCUCUGGGCUGCACGCUCCUGGCAUGCUCAGUUUGCCUUCCUCCGGCACUCCUCCUUCAGAAGUUGUUCAUCCCAAGCCCCGAAUUUGGUCUCUUGCAGAAAUGGCCACCUCAGGAGGACUUGCUAGUUCAGCGGCCACCACGCUAAGCAACGCCGGUAAAAUCCUAUCCUCUAACAUCGCCAGAGGUUUGCAUCUUGAAACAGGCCCUUAUCCCCGACCCUUAUUUCCCCACUCAUCCUACCCCUACAUUCCCACGAGCGUUUCAGAAAGCCUCCUAUCUUAUUCUUACGGAAAAGCCUUGGUUCCCGGCUUCCCUCCAGUGUCACUCAACGAAACAUUGUUAGGCCCAUCGCCAUUAAUGCACGACAUACAACGGCACGAAUUCGCACGACAGGAAUUGUGCCGGCAGGAACUUUCCCGACACGAGCUCACGCGACAUGAAAUUGUGCGUCCAGAAGUGAGUCGACCCGAUAUUUUAAGACAUGAUCUCUUACGACACGCUGAAAUAACGCGUCCGGAACCCCAUCGUUUAGAGGGCAGGAGUAGUUUGGAAAAGGAGGUGUGAUCAUCAUAUAUUUUUGCACUUACGGGAACUUAAUAUUUCCAUUGAACACCCAAUACUUUUAAAUAACAUUGAUAGCUGUAUAAAAUCAAUGCAUGGAGGCCUCAGAGGAUUUCUACUGUACAAAUCUUAGCCGUGUUUUAUAUUCUCGAUGGCGUAGGUACGAAUCGUGUGUGUCAAUCGUUAUCAUAUCGCGAGGCGGUAUUUAUGAGCCCUUCGUUCCCCACGACAAAACCUUUUCCUGUUAAUGUGUUGUUCUUAAUUAUGUUAUAGUGUGACGCAAACUAAGGUGCAAUUCAUUAUGACUUCACUGUGUAUUGGGUCACUUGGAAUUAUUCCGAGUUCUUUACAAGUACAAUAUUAUGUAGACUGUAAAUAUUUUUUAAGCCAAAGAUUUAGAUGUUUAGAUUUACUAAUUCUUAAAUGGUAAAACAAUCGGUAAGGAAAC